AUGUCAACAGCAGCAUUUCUCUAUUAUCUUCACGAAUAUGUAUUCAAAUACGGUGGUUCUACACUUAUUAUUGUUGGUACUAUUAGUUGCAUAUUAAAUCUAAUGGUAUUUACUCGCAAUAAUUUACGAAAAAAUCCAUGCACCAUAUACUUGAUUGCUAUCAAUAUUAUUGAUCUUAGUUAUAUCUAUUCGGCCUUUUUUUUGCUCAUACUUGCAUCAGGCUACAAUAUCGAUCCUACUACAUAUAGUACCUUUUUUUGCCGAUUUCGCUAUUAUAUAGGCUUCAUUUUAUUAGUUUAUGAGCCAUCUUGUCUCAUUUUAGCAUCGGUAGAUCGAACAUUAAUUACUUCACGAAAUGCUGCAACAAGAAGACAUAGUACAUGUCGAAUGGCUGUUAUAAACAUUAUUGCUGUAUGCGUAUUUUGGACAAUUUUUCAUAUUCAUGUGUGGAUUGGUAUGCAAAUUCUUCAGUUUGGACCAAAUAUUUUUGUUUGUUAUUUCAACCCAGGUGCAUAUGAAACCUUUAUAUCGUAUUAUACACUUAUGAUUCACGGGGCAGUUCUACCUAGUCUUAUGCUGACAUUUGGUUUUUGGACAUGGAAGAAUCUUCGUAGGGUUCGUCACGCCACACAAUCAGGUCGUACGACAAAUACAGCAGUGGUGACUACUGGGAGACCACAAAUACUUCAAACAAAAGAUCAACAAUUGAUUCGAAUGGUACUUAUGGAAAUUAUGGUUUAUAUUCUUUGCAAAUAUCCCAUUGUAAUCUUCCAUAUCUAUCAAGAAAUUACAGAGUAUAAUGAAAAAAGUCCAGAGCGACAGUUGAUUGAACAAAAUUUAGUGAUAUUAACAAUUUUCACAUCGUCAAUCGAGAAUUGUAUUAGUUGUUAUACAAACGCCAUCGUAUCAAAAACGUUUCGUUUAGAACUAAAACGUCUUUUGAAGAAUAUACUUCAAAUGUUUUGUUGUCAACGAUGUUAG